GCCCAGGCGCCCUUAUCCCGGGCGCGGGCGGCCCGGGUUCAGAGUGCGGGCCGCGGAGCGGGCAGCGCGGUCUCGGUAUGGGUCCGCGCGCUGCGACUGCGCGGGCGAUUCCGCCCGGACCUCCCUGACGCCUGACGCCGAGUGUCGCCGCCCCGAUGGCCGCCGAGCCCCCUGCGCUGCGCCUGCAGCCGCCGGGGAGCACCGGGGACAGCCUGCCAGUACCGCGCCUGCUCGGAGGCUGCGUGCCGCUGUCGCAUCAGGUGGCUGGCCACAUGUAUGGCAAGGACAAAGUGGGCAUACUCCAACACCCAGACGGUACAGUUCUGAAACAGCUACAGCCACCGCCUCGGGGCCCGAGAGAGCUGGAAUUUUAUACCAUGGAUGAAUUGCGGGUCUGUUAUCCUUGGUCUUCUGAGGGCUCACGGAAACCUGACCAGCCCUGCACCUCUGUCCAGGUUUACGCUGCCGACUGUGCCGACACUGUUCUCCUGGAGCUGCGGAAACACCUGCCCAAAUACUACGGUGUCUGGUCCCCUCCCACCGCACCAAACGAUGUGUACCUAAAACUGGAAGAUGUGACUCAUAAGUUUAAUAAGCCCUGCAUAAUGGACGUGAAGAUAGGGCGGAAGAGCUAUGACCCCUUUGCCUCAUCAGAGAAAAUCCAGCAGCAGGUCAGCAAGUACCCUCUGAUGGAGGAGAUCGGGUUCCUGGUGCUCGGCAUGAGGGUUUAUCAUGUUCAUUCUGACAGCUACGAGACACAGAACCAGCACUACGGAAGAAGCUUAACAAAAGAGACAUUAAAGGAAGGUGUCUCCAAGUUUUUCCACAAUGGCUUCUGUUUAAGAAAAGAUGCGAUUGCUGCCAGUAUUCAGAAGGUCGAGAAGAUUCUCCAGUGGUUUGAAAGUCAGAAGCAGCUUAACUUUUAUGCAAGCUCAUUACUGUUUGUUUAUGAAGGUUCAUCUCAGCCAGCUACUACAAAAUCAAAUGAUAGAACUUUGGCAGGGAAGUUCCUCUCCAAAGGCCACCUGUCGGACGCAGACGCACUGGAGUGCAAUAACAACUAUCACCUGUUCGGCUCCCCGGCCAAUGGGACAUCAGUAGGCAAAAGCUUAUCCAAGGUGUACGCAAGACACAGGAAGCUGUACUCCAAAAAGCACCACAGUCAGACUUCAUUGAAAGUUGAGACUCUGGAGCAAGACAACGGAUGGAAAAGCAUGUCCCAGGAACAUUUGAACGGAAACGUCCUCUCCCAACUGGAAAAGGUGUUCUACCACCUUCCUGCGGGUCCUCAGGAGAUCACAGAAGUAGAAGUGCGGAUGAUAGACUUUGCUCAUGUGUUCCCUAGCAACACAGUAGAUGAGGGCUAUGUUUACGGUCUGAAGCAUUUGAUUGCUGUACUUCGGAGUAUUUUAGACAGUUGAGCAUCACGGCAGUCUAUGAAGGAGUGGGCCAAAACCGCGGAGAGCCACAGGCAUUAGCUGUGCACCUGUAAUGCUCUGUAAAAAAGUUUGUAUUGUGAGUCAACGUUUUAUUUGUCUUUAUACUUUUGGUAGAAGGUUAACUUUUUUAUAUUCUUACUCAGGAAUACUAAUUUGCUCAUUAGAAAACUAUGAAGCAUAAAGAAACAGGAACAGGAACGUCGAGCAGGGAAUGUGUGGGUCAGGGAGUAAACAGCUGUAACACUUUUACAAAGUGCAAACCAUUACUCAGUCAUUCAGAAUUCCUGUAGCUUUGCGUAAGGCAGUCACCAUGGAAUCUCUGUCCACCCAGCGUUGCCGGUGAGCCGGAUGUACACUAUGGCGUUGUCAGACUACCUUAAGAUCUGGAAAGCGCAGGGUGUCUCCACCAGGACCAGUGUGCCCGAGCUCCCUAAAACCAGAGAACAUUUAACACAGAACCGAGGCUGUGUGGGCUCCACGUUAAACAGCAGAGAACAGUGGAGAAAAGGUGCUUGCAAGGGUGCGUUCCACCAGCAGGGUUCCCGCAGUCCCGCCUCUGUGCUCAGUGCUGCCCUCCGUGGGAUGGGUGAGCCGAGGCGCACGACUGGCCGCAGCGGCGGCAGCAGCAACCUUGGAAUCAAGAGUACAAGUUUUUCCUCCCUAGGGUCAGGAGAAGAGAGACGAUUUGUAAAGAACAAAUUGCUUUUUCUUUUCUCAAGGAUUUUAUUUAUGAAAAAGUCUUCAUUUGCUCUGUUGUGAAAACUGCCAUGAAGAGCAAUGCUUUUAUCGCCAAUCUGUGGCUUCAGAGAGGUGGAUGGUGGAGACUUGGUUUUAUUUCUUCUUUAAAUCAUUUUUGAGAGUCUUUCCAUUAAGAAAAAAUUCCAUCUUCAAAAAACACAUCCCCAUUUCCUUUCAGGCCUUAGCAUAGAUGCAUUUCUUGGAAUUUGGUUAGGCAGUGACAGAAUGCCGUGCCUGAUAUAGACCGGAAUCCUACCUAGGUCUCACUCCUGUGGCAUCUAACAAAGGAAUCAUAGUUUAAUUUCACUCAGAGCAAAGGCAGGCAACUUCUCCUGGAAAAAAUAGAUUUAUAAGUGUUAUGUUUAUUUCACACCCACCACCUUUUUUCAAGUUAGCUACUUAUCUAUUGGUAAAAAAAUUUUUUUUGGUUUUCCGAGGCAGGGUUUCUCUGUGGCUUUGGAGGCUGUCCUGCAACUAGCUCUUAUAGACCAGGCUGGUCUCGAACUCACAGAGAUCCCCCUGCCUCUGUCUCCCGAGUGCUGGGAUUAAAGGUGUGCGCCGCCGCCCAGCCGAGUCUUACCUUUUUUCUUAUGGUGUGAUUCAGUAACUCUCAAGCUCAUCUGGGGAACACUAUUUAAUCUUAAGAGGCAAUUUGGGAUGGUGUCAGGCUACAUACAUAUGAUGGGUAAGUCAACUCAAGUACGCAAAGCCUUGGGCACACUUUAGCUCAGUAAAAGUCUUCAUCUACAGCUAUUUGAAACAUUUUGGAAGCCAGCAUCCUGCCUUUCUGAAGACUAGGUUUUGUCUGAAUAAAACAGGAAGUGAUUCUUAUCUCUGCUUUUCAGGGACGGGAUUAACAUUCAUUUCUUCUUGUUUACAUUUUACCACUGUUGCUUUUCGAUUAUGCUUUUUGAUGAUGUGAUCAAUGUGUUUAUGUAACCAACCUGUGGUGUUUUCUAGUCUGUCCUGUAUUGUAAGAUGAUGCUGAGAUUUGCCACUUUGGGGACGGGGCAUCCAUCACUAGCCAAGCAUAUAUGAACACACAGGUACUUAAGAGCUAAGCAAAUGAGAUGAUUUGGACUGAUGGGAAUGCUAGCCCCUCCCCGCCCAACAUGAUUUUAGUGUAUUUCUUAUGGGAUGCACUCAUGGAAAGGACUUUUAAGAAAUCAUGGAUGUGAAUACGUUUCUCAAAUAAAAAGUUUAAAUUGUAAAAUAGUUUUAUAAUAAAGUAUUUACAUUAAUUAUUUUAAUAUGGAUGGAAGUUGCAUAAAUUAUAAUUGUUGCUAAAUAUUUAAAUAGUCUUUCAAGAGCGUUUUGAAAAUGUGUGUAAGAGACUCUUGACAGCCGGGGAAUUAAAGUAGGUUGGGAUGCUUUGCUUUGUGUGCCUGAACGGGGCCUGUGCACCCUGCCUGUCUACACUGCAGGCUGCUCAACUGAGUAAGAACUAUUUUCUGAACUGUGAUGUCCUGUAAUUUAGAGGUCUGUGAUCUCUCUACAUCGAUGCUCUACCCAUUGGGCCUAUGAGCUAUCAAAUUUUUAUAACAUUUGAGGGAAAACGAAUUUCCAUAAUUCAAUUGCAGUUUUCUCAUUUAUUUUUGAAUUUGGAAUGUGUAGGCAAGAGGGAGGACUGCACUGGGAAAUGACCAGCACUGUGGCUGUCCUUUGAAUGCCCAAUGUUAAUAACAAGCCUCUUGAGGUCUGAUGUUUAAACUUGCUUUGUUUAACCGGCCAUUUACACUGCUGCCCUUGUCUCCAGACCCCUGACCUUGACGUUCUUGUCUCUUUGUGGCUGCGUUGCCCCUUUCUGUCUCCCCCUGCAAUAGCUUAAUUGCCUGGAAACAGCAAGUCCUUUUUAGAAUGCAGUUACCCUCAGGGUAGUUUCUGGAGACCUGGCCCCUCAGUCCACUCAGAUUCCUUCACCAAGCCGCACCGCUUUGUCCAGCAUUUCCAACCCCUCUCAAGUGUACAUCUGUGAACCAGUCAAGUCUAACUAGCUGGAGUGGCUGCUAGGGACUGGACUCCCUUAACACAGAGAUCUGCAGACACCUGCAUUGAAAGCUGUUAAGGAUAGCGUUCGGGUAGAGACUAAGUGGUAAGUACUGAGUUACAAACAAGGCAGAUAAGUUUUGACUUUUGGGCUGUGAGGCGAGGUUGGUGAGGCAGAACUGUCACCUCCACUUGACUCUCCAGCUGGGUGGCAGUUAGAGAUAACAUAAAACGAUUUUAAAUUCCACCUUUGCUCGUGAAGGCAUGUGUAGCUUCACCUCUAGAACAAUAUUAGCAUAGUGUUACUGCGGUUACCCCUUACUAGUGUGAACAUUUUAGACCUCAGAUUUUAAAUCGCCAGUGUGUUACUUCUUUGCUUCAAAGUAAUUGAAUUAUAACAUAAAAUCCUGGUAUUUUGAGAAGGAGUCGGCUUCUUUGCUGGCAAUUUUGAAAGUCUUCCAACUUGUUCUGCUAGCUUUAUUAAGAGCCACCAUGAUUCAUGCCAUUAAGUUAGUAGAAAGUCAAAGUUGUUUUUGUUUGUUUGUUUGUUUUUUACAUUUUUAAAAAUGUGGUUAAACUUUGGCUUGGUGUCCACUUACAGGAUUAAGAGUUUAAUUAUUGAAGAUAGGGUUUGUGAUCCCCUGUAGAUAAGGGGAAAGGCAUAUGAAGAUACUCUGCUGUUGGAUCUAUACUGGAAGACAUAUAAAACCGUCGAAAAUGGCACCCAAAUUGUGUCCACAGUAACCACAGGUGGCGGUGCCAGCCCUCCCAUACUUGAUGAAUGAAUGUAUUGCUGUACUUGGGUGUAAAUGUCUGAAUGUCUCUAUUUUUCUUUUUCAGGGUUUGUAAUUUGUACCGUUGACAGGAUAUGGAGUGUAAGAGUCAUCAUUGUGUUUCUAGAAUCAUUUAAUGUGAUAUGCCAAUUUUUAUAAGUGAUAUUUAGAUAAUUCUAAUAACUGUAUAUCCGACAACUUAUUAAAAUGUUUUGCAUUGGA